AUGCAGACUCUCGCGUUUUGCUUGCUAUCGGGCAUGGUGAUGCGUCUGAAGCUUUUUUCUACUCCACAGUUAUGCCUCUCUUACGCCCUCCUCGUAAGACGCGUCGAUCUUCUGUUUCUCAAAUAUUCAUAUUGUGAGGAGUUGAAGAAAACCAGUAUUUACUCUUCUCCCAAGUCAACGGAUUAUAAAAAAGACGUGAAGAGAUCAAAAUCUGGUGCCUGCUUCAAAGGCCGCUCUUGUUAUCCAGGCUCUUUGUCCAAUAAGCUUGGAUGGACGGCUAAUUUGUGCAGCUGGAGCAAACAGAUUUUGACUAUAAGACGAUUUGCUAUUUGCCUCGGAGUGGCACUGCUAAUUCUGAUGUUUACGCACGGAUAUGCUAACAUCCAGGUCCGUUAA